AAUCAGUAUAGCUCAGAUUAUAAAAGAUAACGCUGCUACGUAAUCGUUUUCUUCAUGCGAUAUUCAUAUUUUUUAUUACAUGUUCCAUUGUUUUCUUUAUCACAUAUUGUUGGCAAACCAUUCAGUCGCAUUGCAAGUGUAACGCCAAUUAUGGAGUCUCGUCGUCAAGCUUUACUUCUAUCUUCAUCAAAUUGCCAUGGAUAUACCUUGCUCGAGUUUGCUAAAGAAGAAAUAAGCUCAUUCUUACAGAAAAAUAAUGUGCACGAUCUAAUCUUUGUGCCUUACGCUCAAAAUGAUUUUGAUGGUUACACAUUAAAAAUAAAACAAAUUGUAAAUCCGUGGGGAUUUAAUGUAACAGGACUGCAUACAUAUCCUGAUCAGCAAGCUGCAGUUAAUUCUGCCAAAGCAAUAUUUGUUGGUGGAGGCAAUACUUUCCUCCUCCUGAAGCGUCUUUAUGAAAAGAACCUGGUCAAACUUAUCAGAAGCAGAGUUGAUGAAGGUAACCUUUUGUACAUAGGCAGUAGUGCCGGAACAAAUGUGGCUACUAAAAGUAUAAACACAACUAAUGAUAUGCCUAUUGUUUAUCCACCAACUUUUGAUGCUAUUGGAAUUGUGCCUUUUAAUAUAAACCCCCAUUAUAUUGAAAUAGAGAGUGAGACUCAUAAAGGAGAGACAAGAGACCAAAGAAUCAAUGAGUACUUGGAAGUCCAAGGUGGUCCAGUGCUUGGCUUGCGGGAAGGAUCAAUGUUACAUGUCAAUGCAUCCAAAUUAACUAUUAAAGGAACUGCUGGUGCUGUUCUCUUCAAAAAGGGCCAAGCUAAAACAGUAAUCCCAGUUGGUGAAGACGUUUCAUUCUUGUGCAAGGAUGUCAACAGUGUCAGCUAAACAAACAAACGAAUCUACAUGAAGUUCAGUGUGAUUGAUUA